AUGUCACAUGACAAUAAUAACAGUGAAAACACCUUGGGGAACCGUGACAAUCAAAUGCAUCAAGAUCAAGGAGAUUUGCAGAACUUUAACGCGGUUCCUGCCCUUCAGAAUUCACCACGUCAAUCUCGUGAAGGCACUCCUAAAUCACAUUCUGAUGAGCAGGAGCAAUCAGAACAUUUUGAGGGACCAGAAGAAGCUCUGCAAAGAAUAAUUGAUGCACGGGUUAACCAAGCUCUUCAAGCGCUAGUUAACCGGUUACCUGCUGCGCCGUCCACACCUUCGCCUAAUAACAAUUUGCUGGAGAAUCCUCAUACGAGUGCUGUAAAUAAAGUUGAAGAAGACAUAGACCAAACCACAACGGAACGAGGAAAGACAGAUAUAGACUUGAGACCUGAUAUGAUUCAAGAGCCUGAAGAGAAUGAAAACAUCAAAACAACAAUUGAGGAGCUCGAGCCUGUGAUACUAUUUGAACAAUGGCCUGAACGAAAGGUUUAUGUGGGAGCCAACUUAAGCUCAGAUACGCGAGAAAAAUGUGCAUUUGGAGUUGCCUCAGGUAAAUUUUUGGGCUUUCUUGUUUCUAACCGUGGGAUUGAAGUGAAUCCCUCUCAGAUCAAAGCAAUAGAAGAAAUUCCUGAUAUCCUUACAAGUAAGAAAGAGGUUCAAAGAUUAACAGGAAGAAUUGCGACUUUGGGGAGGUUUAUUUCCAAAUCUUCGGAGAAGUGCUUUAAAUUUUUCGCAGCACUCAAAAAACAAGAUCAUUUUGAAUGGAACGAAGAUUGUCAACUGGCUCUCAGAAAUUUGAAAGCUUAUUUGUCAAACCCGCUGCUGCUAGCAAAACCAAAGGAGGUCUCUGCUAAAUACCAAGUUUAUGACUAUCCACCAACAAAGGGUUCUAUUAUCGCUUUUGUAUGCUCACCCAAUUGUGCUGUAAAUCACUUGCAAGAAGAAGAGUUUAGAGAGCUUGUUUCUUCUGAUGCAAUUACGUCCUUUGAUUUUCUCUGCACUAAAAGUAACAGUUCCGUUUCCCUUCAUAAAGCUGCUUUUACCCUUUUUGCUUCUCUUGAGAAUGAGCUCUCUCUUCUCAAACACCAGUUCACCAGCCACCAGCCUCUAAUUGUAACUGGACAUUCUCUGGGAGGAUCUGUUGCGUCUCUAUUCACUUUGUGGCUGCUUGAUAGCCUUCCCAGAUAUGGUGUGCAGCGUCUCCUCUGCAUUACUUUUGGCUCUCCACUUCUCGGUAACAAUGGCUUUCAAAAGGCCAUAUCAGAGCGUUCCGCCUGGAGUUCGUGCUUCUUGCACGUGGUCUCAGACAAAGAUCCAAUUCCAGGUUUUCUGAUCUCAGAGUCAGACCAUAAUGCCUCCGCUGCUACCUUGACUACUCCGACCUGUUACAUGCCAUUCGGUACCUAUCUCUUCUGCUCCGAAUUAGGUUUCUCUUGCUUCGAGGAACCACAAUCGAUUCUGGAGUUGUUGAUGAUAAUGAGCUCAAGAUGUGCUGAAAGUCAAAACCUAAACAACUGCUCUCAGGUUAUUAAUUAUGGACACAUCUUGGAACAUCUAAGGAGCAAAGCUAUUUGCAGGGGAAUCGUAGAACUGCCUGACUCAAUAGGCAAUCCACUUCAAGCAGGAACCUACCUAUUGCUAGAAGCAGCUGGAGUUGGUAAGUUACAGCAGGAAGGUGUUGACAUGAGCUAUCUUGCAAUGGAUAUUGCGAAAAGGGCAGAGGUUCAGGCUAAACACAGGCAAAAUGUUUUUGAUCCUUCCAAGAAACUAAGUACACUUAAAAAGUCCAUGUCUUACCUGGAAUGGUACAUGAAGAACUCUUUGGAAGAGGCUGGGUAUUAUGACAAAUAUAAGCUCAGACGUUCUAGAAGCAGAGACGAGAUUGAAAGCACAGAACAGCUUAUCAAGCAUCACAGAACUUUGAAGCUGUUCUGGAAAAGAAUGGUAGCUGAAGUAGAAAAGAUGCCCUGGAAAGAGGGGAGAAAUCUACGUAAGCGUUGGCUUUAUGCAGGAACAAACUACCGAAGGAUGGUUGAACCACUCGACAUAGCAGAGUAUUAUGGUAGGGGAAAGAAAGAUUAUAUAAGUCAUGGAAGAUCUAAACACUACAAACUAUUGGAGGAAUGGUCAACUGACGAAAAUCUUUAUACAUACCGGAGAAGUCAAGCCUCUAGUCUUACGGUUGAUUCUUGCUUUUGGGCUUAUGUUGAGGAAGCUGUGAUUUCUUGUGAAGUGUUGAAGAGUGGACAAAGUAGCAUAGGGGACCAAGAAUCAGCUAGAGAAAACCUGAUCAAAUUUGAGCAGUAUGUAAUGGACGUGAUUAAUAACUUCUUGGUAUCUCCUGAGAUUUUCUUGCCUCAAAGCAGCUUCAUGCUGUGGUGGAAAGAGUACUGCAAUGUUGUAGGAAAUUCAUAUACUUCAACCUUGACUAAUUUCAUGAAGGAUGACUUUCGUAGAUAUGCUUAGCAAAUUAUAUCUGUAUAGAAGAUCUGUUCAGAAAACAAAUCCUAGUUGUAAGAGCACUUUUUCCCCUCAUUGAGUGCUAAUAGUCGAGUAACAAGCAAUAACUCAUAUGUCCAACUUAGAACUACUUCAGUACUUUUCCUUUUGGUUUUCUUUAACCUGUAAACUGUAUAAUUAAGUUGCCAAAAUGAUUUAUUGCACCGCAGAGUAAGUUCUA